UCAAGCAAGUAGUAGGAUAUGUGGGGACUGUUUUCAUUGUCUUCCAACCAUUUGAAUUUUUGCAAAAGCUCCCAACUAACAAUAGCAGAAUGCACGACUCUCUGAGUUCCCAUCAAUCCACCCAAACCUUCACACCUCCUUCCUUGUCUACUCCAUCAACCAACCCCUCUCCACAACCAUCGACCACAACCCGCCUCUUUGACCUCUUCGUUCAAGACUUUGAGACUCAAUUCAGUCAAUUGACGGAUGAGUGCAAGUCGCAUUUGAAGAGGGAGAAAUUGGCGGUCACAUCCCGAUACGUUCUCGAUUUCCUCUUUUGUUAUCUCAUCAUUUGUCCGCUCGAUGUGCUCUUUUGGCGGGGCACUUGGGAGUAUUCCAAGAUCUUCCUCAAAGAGCUCGUUUUUGGCGACGAGUGUGUUUAUACCAACAUAACGUGUUUGGUGGCCUCUUUGGUGGCAGCGAUCAGUCUUCAUUUUGCCGAGGACUCCAUUCGACUUGCAGCUGGUCGAAGUGGAACGGUGUGGCACAAGGUCGUGACCCGUUUGUUUAACAUUGGAUGUGGCAUCAUUGAGAUCUAUAUGUUCAAAGGCGUUUGGGAUGGCAUCGAUUGUUAUACUGAAGCCCAGUCCAUAUUGGCAGCAGCCUUGAUUCUAGCCGUUGGAGUCGGCGUCUUGUUUUCGUGUGGAGCACUUCGAUCCGUGAUUAGUGUUCCCAUGGGAAUUGUUCUCGAUGUGGAUGGAAAUCUAUGCCAUUUGGAGCCUUAUUUUGAACACAAGGAUGACGAUACUUUGGUUCACAAAACCCGAAAUGUGAUUGUCAGCACCGCUUUGGAGAUCUGUGUAAUUUUCGUUUGGCACGGCGUUUGGACCUUGAUCGAUAUUGGGUUCCACCAUUUUCAUUACACCCAUGGACCUUCAGCACCCAUCUCGUUCUUGGUGGGAUUUUUCGGAGGUUUCCUCAUUUUGCUCUGGCAAAUCCCUCUCCUUCAAUUCUUCAACUCCAAAGAUGUUCCAAAUUGGUCCAAAUCGCUGAUGAACCUUUUCUUCUGUUUGUUUGCCGUUUUUUUUGCUGUCAACUCAUUCAGAGGGACAUGGUACAUCAUUGACGAGAUCUAUUUGACCGAGAGCUACGUUCAGAGCUUGACAAAUGGAUGGAUGAUUGCAACUGCUUUGAUGCUGAUGUUAUCCACAAGUGCCUCACUUCAACCUGGAAUCAUACAUGAUCCACCAAAUCUUCAAGAUGGCGUCACUAUAGCCUUUCACUACUUCACGUUCUUCCACGUUCAAGAUGUGGAAUAUCAGGUGGAGUUGAUUGGCAACGAGGGAAUCAAAAUGGAAAAGUCCCCCUGGCGGCGAGCGAUGGCCAUUAGUAUUCCUCCGUUAUCUGAGAAAGACUUCGAAAAGGCUGAGAAGAGUCUGACGAACUACACAAAUGUGACGACUCCAUUUUGACUGAAGUUAUAAUAUUACUUAACUAUCGUACAUUUCGGAAAAUAAAACACUGUUUUUUUGGA